AUGGAGAAAUCCACCAAUGUCCAUCCCAGUCACCGUCCGAGAUCCAGAAUGGCGCCAAGGAAGGACAGAGAGAAGAGUCAACAUCCAAAGGCUUCUAAGGCAGGCCGGCUCCCUGAGUCAUCAUCAGCGAGGAAGGAGAGGGUAAAGAAGGAGAAGCCACAGACAAAUGAGGUGACAGUGGAGCAGGAGACAGAAGUGAAGGCAAUAUCCACUGUGGUGGACAUAGACAGUGUGAGAGAGCAGGUAAAUGAGGAGAACCUGGGGCUCCUGGAAGCAGCGGAGGAGGAGGACGGUCUAAAGCGCAAGAACCUGGGAGCUUUUGAGUGGCUGCUGAUGGUCUUCGUCUUGACUCUGAUUCUCCUCUUCCUCCCUCUCACCAUCUGGUUCUGUGUCAAAGUAGUGAGGGAGCACGAGAGAGCAGUGAUCUUCAGACUGGGUCACUUACUGCGGGGAAGACCCAGAGGACCAGGCCUUCUUUUCUACCUCCCACUCCUUGAUGUGUGCCACAAAGUCGACAUCCGACUGAAAAUGCUGAAGGUUCCUACCCACACGGUGGUGACAAAGGACUUGGUGAGGCCGGAGCUGAGUGUAGUAUGUUAUUACCAGAUAGAAAACGUGGCUCUGUGCAGCACAGCGUUGUCCAGUCUGACCACAAUGCUGCAGACUCUGGUCCAGUCAUUGGUCAGAGACAUUCUCGCCCAACACACUCUCAGCCACAUCCUGCUGCACAGGGGGCAGAUCGGUCAGCAGAUACAGACAGCUGUUGACUCUGUGGCUUGCCGCUGGGGCAUCAGGGUGGAGAGAACAGACAUAGAUGAGCUCAGUUUUCCUGUGGAGUUACAGCAGAGUCUGGCUGCUGAGGCUGAGGCCAAGAGACAACAGCAGGUCAGGGUAAAAGCAGCUGAAGGAGAGAGAGCUGCUUGGGAGGGGUUCAGGUCUUCCCUCCGUCUCCUCCAUCCUGCCCUGGUUCUUCCAUUCCCCCCAGAUCUCCUCAACAUGAACCCUGACUUUUCAUCUCUCCCACCACCUCCUCCUCCCCCUCUUUUGGAAGGAGAGGGACAGAUGGCAGAAAGGGAGAGGGAGACGGACUCACCCAUGAUGUGACAGACUUUAUUGAGAUAAACUGUUGGUGAAUAUUAAUUAUUUCUAAAUGACAUGGAAAGUGAGAUUGACCUAAUAAUUCUUAUUAGUUUCAGAGUUUCAUUAAAGACUGUAAACUUUUGUAAACAAUUUGAGACAUGAGUUCAUAAUAAAUGUUUUGAAUGAA